AAUAUACAUAGUAUAGGAGGUCAUACAAUGUGGGGCAAUAUUUUCAUGCUUUGCAUCCUGGAGUGCAGAUCUGGGAUCAGUGAUAUGCAUUUUCUCAGUUCUUAAUUCUUAUUGCUGUCAGAUCUGGAAAUAGAUGUUUUUGUACCUUAGUGUUGCUUACUCCAGUCCAGGUUAGUGCCCAUACUGCUAUGUCAUGGUUUCAAACUGACCUUAUCAGCCAGCAUCCUUUAAUCCCCAUGAUUAUAUCCCCAGGAUGUUCUUCAGUAAGCAUAUGCCUUUCUUUUUCAGUGUGAAAGCUGGGAAAAUUGGUUCUUAAAAAUAAUUUCUGUGAGCCUAAUACAAAUAUAAUGUCUUCGAAAGAUCCAGCAAAGAAGACCAAGAGGCCAGACAUGGCCAUCUACAUGCCACGAGGCCGCCGAUCUCAGGAGGAAGCAAAACGGUCGCCGGAAGUUGAGGCUCCACCGCAGCCAGUUGCCAGGAAAGACCCGCCCCCACCACAGCGCCGCGUUCCAGCUCACGGCGAGCGCGGGGACACAAGGCAGCGUGGAGGCUCCACCAGCGAGUCUGACACAGGCAAACAACGAACGUCCGUAGGAACUUCUAAAGGUCGUCGGGAACAAACGGAGACGGAAAGCAGCAAACACCGGCGCUCCAGGGACACGACCGAGAAAGGCCAGGGUUAUUCAUCUGACGAUGCUCAGCAUCGAUCCACGAUGGUUUUCACACGUAGUAAGCCGGGGCACUUUGAAGAGCCUCGUCAGCGUCGGCCGCACAGAGCGGCGGCAGAGAGGAGUCGACGCUUCGCGGAGGGGUCGGACCGCGCCGCGGAGCCACCAAGUAAAGGUGGUGUCAGUGUCACGACAUCGUCUGCCAGUAUCAACGAUCACCGGGCCAACGAGUCGGCCGGAACGGAAAUGGCGAAGAGCUUCCCAGAAGCGGCGAGGAGGAAGUCUGAGGAAUCUGGCGUGCACGCUAUUGGUACACCGACCUCCGAAGAGCAUCCGGUAGAUCUGACCCCGCAGCCAGUAGAUCUCUCAUUGAAGCCAACUAAGGAAGGCGUGCACAAGAGCGCCCGGUCGUCAGCAGACGACGCGGCGCGGACUCGUGAGCCAUCGCCUGGUACCCGGCGGCGACCGCGCGGCGCCGUGGGCGUGUACGUGCCUCGCGCGGCGCGACGACACUCCGACAGCACUGGGGAGCCGGCGAGGCCGCCGGACGAUCCCCCGCAGCCGGGCGCCGCCGGCCGGGACCGUGGAGAUGCAGCGGUGGCGCGGCAGAGUGGAGCUGAGUCGGCAGUCAGCUGCGGUCGGUCGGACGGCAGUCGGCAUCAUGACAGUGACAGGUCGGAGGGCAUUCACCGGCGUCAUGACAGUGACAGGUCGGAGGGCAUUCACCGGCGUCAUGACAGUGACAGGUCGGAUGGAAGUCGGCGCCAUGACAGUGACAGGUCGGAGGGCAGUCAUCAUCGUCAUGUCAGUGGCCGGUCGGAAGGCAGUCACCGGCGUCAUGACAGUGGUCGGUCAGAGGGCAGCCGCCGGCAUCGGGGUGGCGACGGAGAAAGUAACCGUACCGCCUCGCCACGGGCUGACUUCAACGAGCGGCGGCGCGACCCUUCCAGAGAGGAGCUUCGGUCGGCCACCGAGGCGCCAGUCUCUCGUUCCGGCCGCACGAGUGCGUCCUCCCAACCGGAGGUCUGCGCGAAGGCUGACCCGCCGGCAGCGCCGGUCAGUGGACGGCGGAAUGACGAACGGCAGCGGCCCCUGUCGCCGCCAGCCGCCGAGCUGGCUGCCGUGGCUCUGGGGCCCGCGGCGCGGACCGACCGACUGACGGAGCCGGCCGGACCACCACCCCAUUCUGGCCUGCUGUACGUGCCGGGCGGUCCACACAGCGACCCGCCCGAGCCGCCGCACUCGUACGCACAGCCGCCCUCCCGCCUCCACCCGCACACACACCCUCACCCGCAGCCACACUCCCGUCCGCAGCCGCCGCAGCCGCGGCACCUGUAUGACCCGAACAACCCCGGCCAGGCGCUGGAGGUGACGCCGCGGGCCGUGGACGCUCGCGAGCGCCGCUACCAGGAUCCCCCGCGGGAGUACGUGGACCCGCGCGGUGGCGGUGCCGAUCCACAGGCGGCCGGCUGCUCGGACUCGUUCAGCCCGUCGUCGAACGCGACCAACGCUAAUCGAAUCUCGCAGCUGCUGGGCCGCACGGCCGGCGAAAUCGAGUACCUGAUUGCCAGUGGCCGGCUGCUCGACAGCUGGGUGCACACCCUGCGUUUGAGAAAUCACGUGAAGGCGGAGUGUGCUCAGGUGCUGGUCACCGAUCUUCGUACGUGGAUGACGCUCGGCAUCGACCAGACCAUCUGGAAGUCAUUUUACUACUGCGUCAUCGAGAAGCUGCGCGACGUGGAGCCGCCCGGCCAGGAGCUCCACCUCUGCGAGGUCAUCGACGACGGUGUCUUGUACUUCACCGCUCUGCUGAACCAGCUGGAGACGACGUACGCCAUCCCGGUGUGGCGUCUGGGCUCGCUGCUGCACGAUCCGGAGCCGAUCCGGCGGCAGCGCUACUUUUCCUCGGUGGCCGCGCUCAGUCAGCGGCUGCUGCUCUGUGUGGGCGACCUGGCCCGCUACCAGUACCACCUGGGCCGGGUGCCCAACCUGGCCGAGCCCUACCGAUUCUACCUGCAGGCACAGAAGAUCAACCCGAAGAAUGGGCGUCCGUUCAACCAGCUGGCGAUCGUGACUCUGUUCGCCCACCGCCGACUCGACUGCGUCUACCUGUACGCCCGCGCGCUGAUGGCCGCCAACCCGUUCCACACGGCCAAGGAGUCGCUGCUGUCGCUGUUUCACGAGUCGAGCCGCCGGUACGCGGCGAACAGCCCGAUGCCGGGCCAGGUGGCGGCACCGGCGGCCGAGCGGCGGCAGGAGCGGCGCGGCGCCGACCUGCGCACCGAGGUCUGGGUGCACCCGAACCGCGGCGACCGGCUGCGGCGCACGCUGCCCACCGCCGCCGACGAGCCACCCGAGCUCGCCGACAUACGCAUCACGUCCAACGCCGACCUGCUGAAGGCCUUCGUCACCACCUACCUGCACGUCCAAGGCAAGCUGUACACGCGUGUCAGCCUGGAGAGCUACCAGGAGGACGCGUGCGUGAUGCUCCGCCAAUUCUCCGAGAUGCUCUCGCGCGAGCCGAUGCCGUUCAAGGCGGAUGAUAUGCUCCACAUCCUCGGCAUUAUCAUGUUCAACAUCGCCAACACCAAGCUGAAGGACGAGCGACUGGGCUCGGAUCUGCGCUCCACCUACCAGGAGCUGGCGCUGGCAGUGGCCAUUGAGAUGGCCGGCCACGUGAUCCAGCGCGCCUGUCAGCUGCUGUCGGGCCGCGCGCCCGACGCCGGCGAGCGGCUGUUCGAGCCGGCCUCGCUCGAGACGUGCAUGGUGUUCGUGAAGGUGUGGUGCGACUGGCUGCUGAGCUCUAGCGCCGUCUGGAACCCGCCGCCGUGCACGGCCGACUACCGCGUGUGUGACGUGGCCGACUGCUGGGAAUCGCUGGCCGAGCUCACCAACCUGCUGCGGCAGCGCGACGGCGGCGACGACGACGACGCGCUCCGGCCGUCGGCCGUGCUCGGCUCGACGAGCAGCGGCGAGCCUUCCGAGCGGGUGGUCCGCCUGCCGGAGGACAUCAGCCUCGAGUCGUUCACGCCGCUGCUGUGCGCUCAGCGACGCGUGGCCUUUGUGGAUGUGGCCGCGUGCAGCGUGGAUCGGGCGCGCGACCUGCUCCGGCUGCGCUGCGUGCUGUUCGUCACCGAGGAGUUUCUGUGCGGCACCGAGCCGGCGCCGCUGCGGCUGGUGAAGACGGCCGACGGCGCGUGCCGCUACAUCAGCCAGGUGUCGUCGCACGCGCCGGCCCCCGAGGACGACGGUCGGCCCGAGUCGCCCGACGUCGAGGUCGAGUGGAGCGCCGGAGAGGAGGAGGAGGGCGCGGGCCGCCGCCUGUCGGCCGACGAGCCGCUGCCGCCGCUGGCCGACCUGGCGAGCCGGCCGCGGCUGGCGCGCCUGCAGCAGCAGAAGCUGGCGCUGGAGCGCCGCGUGCGCCGCCAGGAGGAGCACAGCCGGCGCGUGCAGGCCAUCGUGUCGUCGGCGCACGCCAGUGUGACGCUGGAGGUUCGGCCGCGCUACCUGGUGGCCGACACCAACUGUUACGUGGACUACCUGGACCAGCUGCGGCGGCUGGUCACCGAGCACGGCGCCUACACGCUCACCGUGCCCGUCACAGUGCUGGCCGAACUGGACGGCCUGUCUCGGCCGGGCGGCGGCGGCCGGCCGCGGCCCGGCCAGUCCGAGCAGCACGUGCAGCAGGUGCGGCGCACAGCGCGCGCCGCGCUGGCGUUCGUGCAGCAGCGCGGCGCGCCGCACGUGCGCUGUGUCACCAGUCGCGGACACCUCAUCAGCUCGGCUGUGUUCACCGCUGAGGACGACGACGACGAACAGGCGACCAACGAUGACCGUAUCCUGAGCUGCUGCCGUAACCUGGAGCGGGGAGUGGCCGAACAGCAGAGCGACGGAGGCCAGCACCUGACCCGCGAGGUGGUCCUGCUCACCGACGACAGAAACCUGCGGCUGAAGGCGCUCUCUAUGGACGUGCCGACGCGCACCGUGCCCGACUUUUUGUCCUGGGCCUCAUGAGGUGGCCGCAGCGGCGCCCGCGGGGCUCGGGAACGGAUCGACAGAGAGGCAGCGGCAGCAGACUGGCUCCGGGGCGCCGUGGCCGGGCUGCUGGUCGAUGAGGCUCCACCGCACCAUCCCCGAUGGUGGCUCGAGUUCUUCUGUCGCGUUUUGAUCUCGGCAUUCGUGCCGAAAACAGGACAGACCGCCAUGGUAAGGACUGGAGCGGGGUGCUACCAGCCGGUCUGCUGGCUCACACCGGGCAGCGAAUCAAACGGCCCAGUGGUGAUUCGUUCAGUUAUUUAGUCCGGUGAUCUCAAAUGGCAUUGACUAAACAUGGGCAACGUCUGGCGCGUUAGUGAUAUGUGUCGCGGGAUGUUUCCCCGUCGCCAUAUUCAAGUGAUGCCACUUUUUUGCCACCGAUUCUGAGGGCGCUCGUUAGUGGCUGUGGGCACGGGAAUGGUGAGGCUGUGCCCCCGCCGGCGGAAAGUUGAGCUGAGGUAACUCAUGACGCUGGGGGGUGGGGAAUUUCAGUACCUGGAGAUAACUGGGAGGGAGCUGUUGAGGAAUGAAAUGGAUACUUUACUUUGAAUGUCGAUUUUUGAGUGUUUCUACGCGGUGUUUGUAUAGACCUAAGAAACGUGCUCUAGCUAUAUUCCGAUAGAGCGACACUGGAUGCAGAAAAAUGUUCAUAUGUAGAACCCCUACAUAGGUCACUUUACAACUUCCGUAUCUCUAAUCGUCCACUCUCUGUUCUUGAAGUUAAGCACUCAAUCGUUUGAAGUCAGCCCUCCUACGGCUAGCGUUGUUUCAGGCCCAUAGAGGGCGCGGCUCACGUGUGGUCAACUUGCCAGUCGUCGUUUAGUUACCGUGUCCGCCACCAGAGGCUCUGAUGGGAAGUCGCCGCACUGGGUGCUGAGGCCCUCGAGUUUCCGAUCGGUACCGUUGUGCCAUACGUGACUGCUUGCUUGCAGUCGUGCUACUUGUAAGAAACUCACUGUAUU